AUGAAGUUGCUUUUUGGACUAGAAGCACUUUCUGCAGUUGAUGAAAUGUUCAUUCUUGAUGAUGCUAAAAAUGUUGCUAAUAUUUGCAGCGCAAUUAUCAUGGAAAAGUGUAAUAUAGAUGAUCUUAAGCGUUAGCUCUAUGAUAAAGCAAAGAAAUUUUUCAGAACUAGAGCCAAGUUAGUUAAGAUUAUGGGCAAAUACUAUUACAAAAGAAUGGAUGAUGAGGAGUUUAAUGCUAAGCUUUCAAGGUUUUGCCAGACUGAUGAGAAUGUCAGAUCAGAACAAGACCUAGCUGAUUUAAUGGCAAAGGAAGCACAAAUUAGAGAUCCAUUUGAUUAAGUGUAGUUUAAGACAGUAUUCUUUCCUAAUAUGAGCAAAACUGAAGUCGCUUUUAUGUUCAAGGCCCAUCAUUGUCUUGGAGAUGGUUUAGCUCUAGUCACACUAUUGACUAAUUUACAAGAUAAAUAUGAUAAAAGCUAGUUGCCCUAGAUGAGGAAAUUUUCUUUCUUUGAAAAGAUUGUGAUGUAUGUAGUAACGCCACUAGUAGGAAUAAAGAUUAUUCUAAAAUAGUUAUUCUUUGAGAGAAAGCAAAAGAAUGCUAUUAAAAACGGAAAGCCGCUCACUGGUAAGAAAAACGCAGUCAUGAGCAAGGAUUAUUCCAUAGAAGAAAUAAAAAAACUAUCUAAGAAAUAUGGUGUUACUAUUAAUGAUGUUUUAAUGACAGUGACAAGUUAAUCACUCAAGUAGUACUUGAAAUUGAAAGGUGAUGAUAAGACAUAAAAAAUGAACUUAUCAAUGCAGAUCAGUUUGCGGGAACCUCCUAAUACAGUGGAAGACUUCUAACUAAAGAAUAAUUUUGCAAUGAUGACUAUUCCAAUUGAUCUAGUGGAUGACUUUAAGAAUAACAUACAACUCAUGAAGAAGCAAAUGGAUAAAUUGAAGAAUUCAUUUGACCCCAUGGGUGUUUAUUUCUGUGUCAAGAUCAUGAGUUUCCUACCAAGUAUCCUAGCUAAACUGAUAUUUUAAGACUAGGCUUAAAAGAUAUGCAUGGUCUUCUCUAAUGUACCAGGACCCCGCACACCACUUGUUUUUCUGGGCAAGAAAGUAAAUCGAAUAGUUUUCUAUGCUCCUUAACUGGGUUCAAUUGGAGUUUCAUUGAACAUCAUGUCACAUGUUGACAAUAUCAAAAUUUCUUGUAUUGCUGAUGAAGCUCAAAUCCCCAAACCCAAGGAAUUAAUGGAUAUCAUUAAUGACAAUUUUGAGAAGAUACUAUCAGAAGUAAAAUAAUGA